AGUGUCAGACAUCAUUCGCUUGAUCAGUCAGUCGGUCGGGGCGGCUGACGUUUGAUACUUUUUAUUCCAUAAAUUUGUUUUCAUAAAACGUAUGUACUCGAUGUAAGAGUGUAUUAUUUCAAAUGAUCUAAUUAACGAUAUUAUGCCUUCUCCGUCGAGGAGCAAUUUUCUGAUUUCACCUCAGCCUAAUAUCCCUCAAACAAAAAUGGGUCGAACUUUGUUAGUGUUACUGUGGAAACAUUUAACCGUGCGUCGAAGACAAUACAUUAGUACGCCUGCAGAAUUCUUAUUACCGACUCUUUUCUUUAUAAUUAUGUUCUUCACGAGAGGCCUUUUCAUUGACUUUAGCACGCCGGAUGUAGACCUCAACUCAAGUCAAAUAGUGCAAUAUUCGGCGCCCAUUCAUGUAGAGAGACUGACGAAGCCCGACGUUGUAGUAUACUAUCCACAAAAUAACAACACAGAUCAAUUGAUGAAAAUGGUCGGGAAGUCAUUGCAGUUGAAACCUAUGCCUUUUUAUGACGGUGACAGAAGAGGUUAUUUCGGUAUCAAAGAUGAGACCACUAUCACUGAAUAUCUGAAGAACUUUAAACAGUACACACAUGCAUUUGUGAAGUUUCAGAACAUGGACGGCGGAUUACCAAUGAAUCUUAACUACACGAUCAGAAUUAAGACGGACUUUCUGACGCAUAUAUACGAAGCCUUGGACGACGACAUUGGACCGCACAAGAUGUUUGGUAUGGAGUACGAAGAGUUCGUGCGACUUCAGUGGUCAAUAGAUACCGCGUAUUUGGAACUCCUUACCGGUAGUCAGGUGGCACAGAACGUAUCAAUCCAAGAGUUUCCGUACGUGAGGUCCAAGGGCGCGUCUUCCAUCAGCGUCGUGGUGCUGAUGCUGAACGUGGGCGUGUACCUGUCGCUGGCCAUCACCUUCGUCUUCGUCAUGAUCAGGCUGAUUGAGGAACGAGCGUCUGGGAUUCAGGAGCUAAUCAAAAUGGUCGGCGUGACGACCCAAACCCUGGGCCUUUCACACUGCAUCAACUUUCUACCAGGAGCCGUGGUAUUCUCCGUGGUGGGUGCGUCGCUGCUGGUGGGCAGCGCGACCCCACUGCUGGGCCACUCCAACUGGCUGCUCGUGUGGCUGUUCCUGUUCCUGCAUUUCAUAUCUAUAGUCGCAUUGUCGUUCGCUGCCAGCUAUAUAACUGAUAAUACCCAACACAUCAACGGCCUAGCUGUUUUCCUGUACAUAGUAGCUUUGCUGCCCUCCAACCAGCUGUCCAAUAGGAAAGUCCCGGCCGGCCUGAUACCCAUCACGGGGUUCUUACCGGGCGUGCCCGCCGCGUGGUUCUACACGGAACUGUCUGUUUUGGAACAGUUUGGUACCGGCUUGACAUUCUCAACGAUGCUCUCAUCGCAUUCAGGCCAAUCGCUCUCAAUGGCGAUGGUGUACAUAUUCCUGUUGGUGCAAAUCUCUUUGUACUUUAUGAUUGCCUGGUACCUGAGUCUAGUGCGGCCGGGAAAGUACGGCACUGCGUUACCAUGGGACUUCCUCUUUCGGAGAGAUUACUGGACGAAAAACGAAGUGCAUCCAGACUACGCGGUAGACGAGUCACAGGAACGGGAGAAGAUAUCUGGUGAGCCGAGAUAUUUCGAGCCGCUGCCGGCCAACAGCGAAGUGGGCAUCGAGAUCGACAACGUGUCUAAGACUUUUGCAAACGUCCGCGCUCUGAGCAACAUCACUCUGCCCGUUCUCAAAGGAGAGAUAACGGUAUUGCUGGGACACAAUGGAGCCGGGAAGACUACGCUCAUGUCGAUUGUAACAGGCAUGAUGACGGCUAGCCAGGGCGGGGUGUACGUGAACGGGCUAGACACAGUCACCCAGCAGCAAGCGGUGCGCAGCCAGCUCGGCUUCUGUCCGCAACACAACCUGUUCUUCAAGGACUUAACCGUGUUGGAACAUGUCCAGUUCUUCGGUUUGCUGAAAGGCACAAUGCCGUGGAACCGUUGCACAAAGGCCGCCUUAGACCUACUCGACCAACUUGGCCUCGAACAGAAGGCGCAUUGUUUGAGCGGCCAACUGUCGGGCGGUAUGAAGAGGAGACUCCAAUUGGCCUGCGCAUUGGCCGGGGACGCCAAUGUGCUGGUUCUGGAUGAACCCACUGCUGGGUUAGAUGUGGAGACUCGCAGAAGUCUGUGGGAUCUCUUGCUGUCCCUCCGUUCCGGGCGUACAGUUCUUCUGUCCACCCAUUUCAUGGAGGAGGCGGACGCUUUGGGGGAUCGCGUGGCGGCCCUGCAACGCGGAGUCCUACGCUGCCACGCAACGCCUAUGCAUUUAAAAAAAGAAAUCGAUACCGGCUACCGUCUCUCGAUCACGCUAAAACCAAACACGUCGCAAUCCGCCGCCGCGCUCGACGUAUCCAGUGUGAUCGCGUCCUUACUGCCGCAAGCGACGCAACUCGCCGAGUGCGGGGUUCGAACCUUGGCCUUCAAUCUGCCGAGCCGGGAGAGCGACAAGUUCCCCGGGUUGUUUAAGAAGUUGGAGGAGAAAAGGGAUGGGUUGGGAAUAGAGUCGAUUGGAGUGGGAGUUUCAACUUUGGAGGAAGUGUUUUUGAAACUGUGCAAUGACGCUGCCCCUGUGGAGGAAGAAGAUGAAGUUGACGCUACGCUGCAAGAUGACAUUGUGACUCGCCGCUUGUCUGGUGUCAAGCUAAUGUUGAGCCAGAUAUCGGCACUUUUAGUACGACAAAUGAGAUACUCUAGGUCUUCAUGGAAAAUGUUCCUGCUCACGCAAAUAAUACUUCCAAUCGUCAUGCUGUUCCUUGUGACCCGGCUCGUCAACGACGUAGACUAUCAGACCAGAGACCGCAACAGUCCCCUGGCAUUGAACCUGGACGUUUACAAGGAUAUGGACGACAGGAGAGUGCUGUACCGGGGCGAUGUGCCGAAGGGGAAAUCGACGAGUGGACUUCAGUACAUCAAUACCGAUAAUAUAAGUCAAACUCUCGUAAAAGCGUGUGAAGAUGACAAAUUUAUAUACAACAAGUACUUGUUCGGCAUUGAAUUGAACGAUACCAACGCCGUGGUCCACUACACAACAACAGUACGUCACGCCUUACCGGUAGCCGUCAAUACUUUGAGUAACGCUAUAGCGUCCAUCUUGUCAGUGGGAACUGUCAGUAUAACCACAGUCAACCAUCCGAUAAAUGGUGAUGUUUCCAAGGAGAAUAUGAAGUUGAAAGAGCCAAAAUCACAGACUUUGACCAUCAUGUGGGCCGUAUGCGUAGCUUUCUUGAUCCAAACAACUCUACUCCAAGUAUUGGUGCUGCCGUGCAAAGAACGUAUAUCGCGCACGCGCCACAUCCACAUAAUGUCCGGUUGCGGGCCGGAACUGCACUGGGUGACGUCACUGCUGUACCACGUGACCAUCAGCUGUCUGGUGCUAGUGCUGCCAUCUGUGUUGUUCGCGGCCACCCUCGAUAAAAACCACACGAUAAACCAGCCUGAUGUCAUGUUUCCCCUGGUCCUAGUGCUCUUCUCCGGCUGCCUGGCCUUCAUCGCGAUGUCGUUCCUCACCAGCUUCAUGAUGGCCAACAAGGCCGCGGCCACCGCUUUGUUCGGCUUCGUAUUUCUGUUCUCCAUCAUAACACCUUCAAUGAAAACCGCUUGCGUCAUGGACACGUCGGGUUCCUGCGAUUAUUAUUCGCCGAUACUGACAUUGUUGUCGUAUACAAUGACGCCGCAAACGUUCGUCGAGGCGAUGGCGAGGCUGGGUAGCGUGGCGAGGCUCAACGCCUACUGCGAACUCAACUCGGACAGGUGUCCGCAUUUGUACGUCAACGAUAAUGGCUUCGAUACGGAGAGGUGUUGCGUUCUAAAACAGCACCCACGACCUUACUUCGCUUUCGACGACUAUUCACCCCUCAGCUAUAUGGUGGCUCUCUUCGUUCAGUUCAUUGUCAUAAUGCUCCUUGUGUUUCUGCUGGAGCGUGGUAUACUGCAAAGGCUGCGUGACCGCUGUUUGACCUUGAAAUACGUAUCGGAGGAAGUCCCGAAGGAUGAUAUACUGCUGAAGGAAAAAGAAUACGUCGACGAAGCAAUCGCUCGUCCCCGCGGCGACGCGUUGCUGAUAUCCAGCGUCCACAAGCGGUACCAGUCGCUCGCUUGCGGCCGCGGCGUAAGCGCAGUGCGCGGUGUAAGCUUCGCUGUGCACGAAGGCGAAUGUUUCGGCCUGGUGGGCGUGAACGGCGCCGGCAAAUCCACCACGUUCAAGAUGAUGACGUGCGAGACGUUCCCCACGCGCGGCCGCAUCGUGGCCAACGACCAGCCGCAACGAGUGUUCGAUAACUCCAAGUAUCUGAACGGGCUCGGUUACUGUCCCCAAUUCUUCGGCAUGGACGAGUUCCUAACUGGCCGACAGAACUUGGAGCUGCUGCUGAAGCUGGACGGACUUUCUGCAGAGGACGCCAGCAAGGAGGCCGUCAGGUGGCUCGAGCUGAUUGAUUUGAUGAAGUAUGCAGACCGGCCAAUGAGCUCGUACAGCGGCGGGUGCGCGCGGCGCCUGAGCAGCGUGGGCGCGCUGGCCCGCCGCGCCGCGCUGUCGCUGCUGGACGAGCCCACGGCCGGAGUGGACGUGGCGGCCAGGCGGCAGCUGUGGCGCGCCGUGCGGGCGGCCCGGGCGCAGCGCACGCGGGCGGGCAGGAAGCGGGCCGUGCUCAUCACGUCUCACAGUAUGGACGAGAUGGAGGCUUUAUGUUCUCGCGUGGGCAUCAUGUCUGCCGGGACAUUGGCAGCGUUGGGAUCCCCUGCAGCACUAAGAGCCUCUCACCACACCGGUCUGGUAGUCUUCAUCAAGAUCAGAGACACUAGCGCCGCCCCGCGGGAAGGGACUGACGUGACGGAUAGCCCCAAUCUCGAUUUGAAGCGUCUGAAAGAAACCUGUUUACGAUACCAGUGGAUACCCAAAGAUGAGCAUAAGACUAUGCUCAACUACCACGUGGACAAAGGUCUCAGGCUACAGUACAGUGAAUUGUUCACCAAACUUGAAGAACUCAGGACCACUUACCCGGCCCUGGUGGAAGACUACGCUGUCACAGAAACCACUCUCGAGGAAGUGUUCCUGUCUUACGCCAAAGAGAAGGAGAACGUUUAGAAACAGAUAAGUGGGCCGUUGUAUUUAGUACAGGUCACUCUUAAUUUAUAUAUAUACAGGGUCACUGGUAACAAACGCAACACCCUUUACAUACUUACUCGGACAAUUAUACUGAACAACUUUGUCUUGGAAAAUCAUUAAAAGUUCUAUUCAUUUUGUCGCUGUAGGUGAUUAAUUUUAUAUGUAACAGCUGAUCCUUUUUUCGCAAUUUCACUGUCACCCCCAUAGAAAAAGUUGUUCCUGUAUAUAAAUUUAAGAAUGACAGAUAAGUGACCUAUAUUAUGUAUUAAAUAUUGCUGAAAGACGAUUGAGUGUCAUCGAUUGGUUAAAAAUUAUGGAUCUGACCAAUCUGUCACAUUGCUUAGUUACGUACAGUAGGCUACAUAGAAAAGUGUACCUUUGAAACAUAAGGUGGUGUACAUUUCUAAAUGGUUCACUGUACGCUUUUAUAUCUUUGAAAAUCUAGUAAUGUAUUUUUUGCUAUUUGAAAUAGGGUCCUCAAAAAUCUUUUGUAUUUACAUAGUUGAUGGUGAUAUUAUUAUCAUAUAGGUAUUAAUCGUACGAUUUGAUAAGACUGGUUCACAAGCAUUUUGGACUACACCUAUUGGAGAAAUUCAUCCCAUUUGCAUAUUUCAGUUCAAAUCCGUCCCGUGUCUCAUUUCGUCACAUCUACUAAACUUGAGCAUUUCAAAUCGUCUCAUGCGCAUCUCGAUUUAUACUUAAAUAUCACAUAAUAAACCAACUCUAAAGGUGAAAGCACCCGUGUGAAUAUUGGAUAAAAUCAAUUUAAAAGAUCUUGGCUUACGUACAUAAGUUUAAAUAUUGUAUUUAUAAGUUAAUGCUUGCUUUUGGUACUGGCUAGAAACAGAAUUUAUAAGAACAAAUCUUAUUAUAUCCUUUAUUAAGUUAAAAAAUUCGCAAAGAGAUUUAUUUAUUCUUUUUUUUAUCAGUAUGUAUAAGUUAUAUGUUAGAGAUAAAGUGCAUACUGCAUAUUUUUGUAUUAUUAGAUGCACAAAUGUUUAUUCUUGUACGUUUUUUUUUUGUGACACUUAAAUAGUUAUCCGCUUAUGUUUUAAAUGAGUAAGAAUAUUAUCUGUACCUUCAUUAUUUUUAGCUUUAUAAGUACGCUCAAAGCGGCCAUUAUUUUACGUAGCACGUUGUAUAAUACAAGUAUAACUUUGUAUAAAUUAAAUAUUGGCAAAACCACAAGAAAAGAUGUUCACUGCCAAUCGAUUGGUCUAAAAAUAGUUUUAUUUUUAUGUUUUCACAGUGUAUUCAAUAAAAAUUAUUAUUGCAAAGGUUGCAAUACUUUUAAAUAACUACUCAUAUAUUUAUCAGGCUUAGAAAGCAAAGUGAUUCAGUGCAUUUUUGAUUGCUUACACGAAUAGUUUUAUUAUUUUUAACGCGUUUGCGCGUGCGCACGCGCGCCUACUUUUAUAUCGCGCGAAUAACUGCCGCUGUCGCGUUUCACGUUACGUCACUGUACUGUCACGUGUCAUGCUACAGUGGCUGAUUGUAUGUUGAUUGAUAGUACUUACUGGGCCAAGUCUCACUAACACCAUGGUUUCGUGGGUGAUUUUAUUUUUCAUGUAAUUUCGACACAAUCACACAAUAUCUAGCUCACGUGAUAUGAGCAAUAUUAUUAGUAUUUAGUCGGUUCGUUAAAACACGGAAACAAAUUUGCACAUUCCACAUAUUUUUAAUUUGUAUUUUUGUUUUGUACUCUACAAUUACUACUUUAUUCUUUAAGAUUUUUGACGUUUGAUGAAGUUGCAAAUUUACAUUUAUUUUAGUUUUUAAGUCGGCGUUUAAAUCCAAAGCUGAUCACAAUAUUAUAGAUGCAUAGUAAUUUUCAGUUUAGUUUCAGUUUAAAUGUUAAGUGUGUAACACAACUGUAUUCUUCUUAAAUAAAAUGACUGAAUGUA